AUUUGAAAGAUACGUGUGUGUGAGAGAGAAAGAGGCUCUGCUUCUCCUUACAAGCCUGUGGAUGGAAGCUCCGGCCUGAGAUUGCCUGAACUCAGGGCUUUAGCUUCCUACCAGAGAGAGAGAGAGAGAUAUGAUGCUGAUGGGGGAAGGGCGGGUGUGCGUGGUGACGGGGGCUCGUGGUUUCGCAGCUCGGCAUAUCGUCUUGAUGCUCCUGCAAUCUGGGUCGUGGAUCGUCAGGGUCUCCGAUCUCCAUCCCUCCAUCAAGCUCGACCCCAGCGAGGAAUCCGGCGCCCUUGGCGACGCUCUCCGCUCUGGCCGCGCCGUCUACGUCUCUGCCGACCUCCGCGACAAGGCUCAAGUGAUCAAUGCUUGUCAAGGGGCAGAGGUGGUCUUUCACACGGCAGCUCCAGAUUCAUCAAUUAAUAAUCAUCAGCUUCAUUAUUCAGUUAAUGUUCAAGGUACAAAAAAUGUCAUUGAUGCCUGUUUGGAAUGCAAAGUAAAGAAACUCAUAUACACUAGCUCCCCGAGUGUUGUUUUUGAUGGUAUUCAUGGAAUUCUUAAUGGUGACGAGUCAUUGCCUUACCCAAAACAGCAUAAUGACUCAUAUUCAGCAACCAAAGCAGAAGCAGAGGCAUUCGUUUUACAGGCAAAUGGAAGAGGAGGGCUUCUGACUUGCUGUAUACGUCCCAGCAGUAUUUUUGGCCCUGGUGAUAGGCUCUUUGUGCCAUCUUUGGUUUCUGCUGCUAGAGCUAACAAGUCUAAGUUCAUAAUUGGUGAUGGAAACAACAUGUUUGAUUUCACUUAUGUGGAAAAUGUGGCACAUGCUCAUAUAUGUGCUGAGAAGGCACUAGGAUCAGAAGCAACUGGUGAGGAAACUGCUGCAGGAAAGGCAUUUUUUGUGACCAAUGCGGAACCAAUCAAGUUUUGGGAAUUUACAUCACUAAUUCUAGAGGGAUUGGGUUAUCCAAGACCCAGCAUUCAUAUCCCUGCACCUGUUUUGAUGCCAAUUGCACAUGUAGUGGAGUGGACAUAUAAAUUGCUUGGUCCAUAUGGAAUGCCUGUACCUCAACUGACACCUUCAAGAGUCAGGCUUCUUACAAUUGACAGAACCUUCAAUUGUUCAAGAGCAAAGAAACUGCUGGACUAUUCACCAAUUGUGUCACUGAAGGAAGGCCUAAAAAGAACAAUUGAGUCAUUUUCUCACAUGAAAGCUGAAGCAACCAGUAUGAAGAGAGAUGGAUCAUCAAAAGCCGCUGAGUAUCUUGGAGGCGGAAAAGUUGCAGACAUACUCCUCUGGAAAGACAAAAAGCAGACACUUGGUGUGAUGCUACUACUCUUUGCAGCAUACUACCAUUUCUUUAUCUCUGGAUAUACAGUCAUCACUGCUGUCUCAAAGCUACUGCUGUUGGUGAUGGUAUUCCUGUUUGUCAAUAGAAUCUUGCCUCAGUCUGUAUUUGGCUACAAAAUAGAGAAGGUGCCUGCUGCCUGCUUUGAGAUAUCUGGAGAUGUGGCCCGUCAUGCAACAAUUGCUGUCAUGUCUAUUUGGAAUUCUAUGGUGGGUGUUCUCAUGUCAGUUUCUCGAGGGAAGGAUUGGGCACUUUUUUCUAAGGUGGUUGCAUUGCUUUUGAUCACAAGCAUUCUUGGAGCUUUUUCAACAAAAACGUUUAUUGGAAUAGGUAUCCUUUUUGCAUUCACAGCGUUCUAUGCCUAUGAGAAGAUGAAGACUGGCUGAUUGAUUUUGGAAUUGGUUUCUUUACCGAGUGAAGACCGCUGUGGCCCAUAAAUUGCUUAGCUCCAUGAGGAGAGUGUGUGUCUUGAUGAAUCCUGCGAACUUCAUAAGUAGUAUUAGUCUCUAAUUAAGGUUAUUCUUUUAUUUGUAUGAUAUAACCUGCAUAUUUUGAGGGGCCACCUCCCACUUGUAGUUGGUUAAUGUGCAUGGUUUUGUGGCUUGGUGUGCUUGAGUUCACCAACUUGACAGUUUAUACUCCCUGGAGUUUAUUUAUUCACAUACAGGAAGAUGGUUGAAGGGUUAA